UUCCGGCUACACUUCUUCGCGCCAGGCACUGGGAUCAGUAUCUCAGAAGCGUAGAGAUACCGCGAGUGAUGUCAGGCCCCCUCCAGCUCCUCGUCGCCCUGGCCUUCGCGUGGGCCUUCGCUGCGGCGUUGGCCAUCCCCAUCCCCGAGGACGACGACCUCCGCUCAGCUGUGGCCGUGUCGAAGCUCGUGUUGGCCCAACAAGCGGUGUUCUUCAGGGAGCUGAUCAACGCCACGCGGGAACGGACGAAUGGUUGUCUACCAAACGUUCGGUCGGAAUUGAGUGUCAGCUGUCCGUCGCCAUUCGCCAGCGUCAUGGGGGAGUGUUUCUACCUCAGCAAGAUAGGUCUCUCGUGGGAGCAGGCCCGAACACACUGCCGGGGCAUGGGGGCCGAGCUAGCCGUGCCCCGACACCUCUACGGUCUCAAGUCCUAUGUCGUUGGCGAGAACGGCCCCACUGGAACCUGGGUCGGCGCCCGAGAAAGCGAAAGCGAGGAGCCCGAGGCCACGGACAUCGAAGCCAAGAACGAAGAGCCCCGCUGGCAGUGGGUGGACGACAGCGAGGUCGACCCCGAGUUUUUGUACUCCAAACUUCCCAACAGGAGACCAAACCACAAACUGUGCAUCGAACUCAGGAAGGACCGACACCCAACUCUCGAUUUCAAGAUCUGCAAUACUUCCCAAAGGUUUAUUUGCCAACUCCACUAGAGGGAUUGGUGGAGGAUGGACAGUGAGCUGAUAGUGAAAUUCUGUUACAAAUUACUGAUAGCAUAUAGAGAAUGCAAUUUUACUUGUGUAUGCUUGAUAUUGAAUGGAAACGCGCGUUUUACAUGGUGAAGCUGCAGGGUAUUUACUGUAUAAGCAUAUAAUUAAUUACUGUAUAAUCAUAUAUUUAUUUUCUGUAUAAUAUAUUUAUUUACUGUAUAAUCAUAUAU